AUGGAUUCUGUUCAGUCUGUUUUACCUUAUCUCAUUCCUGCUGUUAUUGCUGCUGGAAGUGCCUACUUCUUCCUCAAUAAACAAAGUGAAGUGUUGGAUGCCAAAGUGUUCAAGAACUUCAAGCUAGCAGAGAAGAUUGUCAUCUCUCACAACACAGCCAUUUACCGUUUCGCUUUACCUCGCAAGGAUGCUCGUUUAGGUCUUCCUAUUGGUCAGCAUGUGUCCGUCAUGGCAGAGAUCAAUGGUAAGCAGAUCUCUCGUAGCUACACUCCUACUAGCUCUGAUGAUGAUCUUGGUCAUUUCGAUUUACUCAUCAAGUCCUAUCCUUCUGGUAACAUUUCCAGAUUGUUUAGUGAACUCAAGAUUGGUGAUGAAAUGGCUGUUCGUGGCCCUAAGGGUAACUUCAACUACACUCCCAACAUGUGCAGAGCCAUUGGUAUGAUUGCUGGUGGUACUGGUAUCACUCCUAUGCUUCAGAUUAUCCACGCCAUUUGCAAGAAUCCUAACGAUAAAACUCAAGUCAAUCUUAUUUUCGGUAAUGUUUCCGAAGAGGAUAUCUUGCUCCGUGAUGAAUUAGAUGAACUCGCCAAGAAGCACGACAACAUCCAUGUUUACCACGUAUUAAAUACACCUCCUGCCAACUGGACUCAAGGUACAGGUUUCGUUAAUGCUGAUAUGAUUCGUGAGCAUUGCCCUGCUCCUGCCAGCGAUAUCAAGAUCUUGCUCUGUGGUCCUUUGCCUAUGGUCAAGGCCAUGACUGAAAACUUGAUUGAACUGGGUUAUGACAAGCCUCGCGCUGUCAGUCAACUUGCUGAUCAAGUUUUCAAGUUUUAG